UCAAUCAGUUGUAUAUUAGACCGGGCUCCGAAAAGGAUAACAGUGAAAUGAUCAGAUCAAUAUAGACCGGGUGCGGACUGACUUCAUUCAUUAAAUCUAACACACAGUCUAGUUCCAAGAAGGUAUCACUACCCUUUGCCUAAUCAAUCAUAUGUGGAUCGGUUCUGUGUGACUUCAUUACUAUGAUUGCAAGUGAAAUUUCCCGGUGAUAGUACAGAGUUUUAUCAGCACAAGUGUCUUACAGUGAAGCAUGAAUGAAUCAGAUCGAAGCGUCAUGGUAAAUGACGUCGCAAGUGGCUCACCGCAGAGAUCCCUAGAACGUCCAAUACUGUUCUCCCAUUGAGUAUGGUCGCUCCUUUUUCGUGGAUCCGCGCAGAGGUGAAUGUGUCCACACUUUCCCAUCGCCAGUACGAAAGUAAUUCAUAAUUUAUUGUUUCUGCUAAUAAUAAUUUUUAUUUAUGAUAUACUCGUACCUAUAUAUAAUCUGCGAUAACUCUUGAGCCGGUCAUGAUUACGCUAUACCCACCCGCCGUGCGUAUAUAAAUCGCGCCUACACGGUACUGUUUUAUGUGCAAUUUUCAUUGGAAGUGCGACAGCCGUUCUAUCAUCAAAGAGAUAUAAAUGUAAAAAAGCAAUGAAAAUUUUUAUCAAUAUUCAAACGAAUAAUAACAAAAAAUUGCAGUAUGCACAUGAAUGCAGCGGUUUGAAGUUUGUUUUAUUGUUUAUUCUGCGGUGAAUGUUAUUCACGGAUAAAAAGUGAUUUAUGAAGUUUCCUCCCAAAGUGCAUUGUAUAUUACCUUUAUAAAAUCAUUAAAAUAUAGAAGAUCAGUAAUUGUGGUUUAUAUAAUAACUUUCCUUUGAAAACAUACAUGGAUGCCGUAUAGUGGAUGUAGUGCUGGAGAAACAUGUGCUUAGCAGAUUUUAUUCGUCAAAUAUUUAAUGGUUUUGUUUAUCAAUCGAAUUUAUGAAAGAAUAUUGCUCAUGCAGGUGAAACAUCAGUUGAUGGCUUGAAAUGUUGAAUGUUAAACUUACGGUUUUUGCAAUUUCGAGAUAAACGCGAGGAACAGAUAUUUCAUGUUGCGCUGGUUCACUGUAAAAUAAUGCAUCUUUGUUUUUCGGUGCAAAAUGUGUGACUAUAAUUCAAGUUCUGAGUUUUACUUAAUUUCACUGUGGAAUGAAUCCUGAAAGAUUCUGUGAAUAAAAUUAAUGAACAAUUAAAGUCACUUCAUUAACUGUAAGGGCUCUUUACUUGCCUUCAUUUGAUAAAAUUUAAUUAAUCUUAAUUCUAAAUUUAAUGAUAAUGCAUUCACACACAAAUCAGAUUAGCAGUAAAACGACAUUACACAAACCGUUUAGAAACAUGAUGUUUCAGAAUAUCUUCAGUGUAUUAUUGCUGUUAUCCUUGUUCAUAACGGUGCAUUCGUGCGGUCCAGGACGGGGUAUUGGUGGGCCGCGAAAAAAUCGUAAAUUAACACCUUUAGUUUUUAAACAACACGUUCCGAAUAUGUCCGAAAAUAUGUUAGGUGCGUCGGGGUUAAGAGAAGGAAGAAUCGAACGUACUCAUCCGAAAUUUAAAGAUUUAGUGCCAAAUUACAAUAAGGAUAUUAUAUUUAAGGAUGACGAAGGGACGGGAGCAGAUCGUGUAAUGUCAACGCGAUGUAAGGACAGACUUAACACAUUAGCGGUAUCUGUAAUGAAUCAAUGGCCCGGUGUAAGAUUACGGGUCACGGAAAGUUGGGAUGAGGAUAAUGUGCAUGGCAACGAAUCAUUACACUAUGAAGGUCGAGCUGUGGAUAUCACAACAUCGGAUCGUGAUCGUAGUAAAUAUGGGAUGUUAGCAAGACUCGCAGUGGAAGCUGGCUUCGAUUGGGUCUACUAUGAAAGCCGUGCCCAUAUACAUUGCUCUGUUCGAUCAGAUUCACACCACACAUCGCAUCUGAGUGGAUGCUUCACGGCGAACAGCACGGUUCUUACCUCGACUGGAAUACAUCGCCGGCUGAAUGAAUUAAGGCUGGGCGAAAAGGUGUUGAGCAUGACUGCUACCGGCAAUGCAGUGUUCAGCGAAGUUAUCAUGUUUCUCGACCGCAACGACGCACAGGUUCGCGACUUUGUGCGAAUAACGACCGAUGGUGGCGCUGUGCUUAGUGUGACGCCAGCGCAUCUGAUCAUGGUUUGGAACCCCGACAAGGAGCUUUCGAAAUUUAUUUUCGCCGCGGAAAUCGAAGAGGGCGACUAUGUGCUAGUUAACAUGAAUAGUACACUAGUGCCUAGAAAAGUGAGACACAUUGCGACGACAAGAUCGAGAGGCGUCUAUGCGCCUUUAACGAGGGAGGGUACAAUUGUUGUAGAUUCGGUGGUAGCUUCGUGCUAUGCCCUUGUAAAUAGCCAGUCUUUGGCCCAUUGGGGCUUCGUGCCCUUCCGAAUCGUGAACUACAUUAAGGAUUGGUUCAGCGACAAUUCACUAGAAGAAUCGCGGCAAAGUGGGGUCCAUUGGUACGCGAACGCUCUCUACAAAAUGAAGGACUAUGUUCUGCCCAGCGACUGGAUUUAUCAUUAGCGACAACUAAUUGGACGUAGUUUGCUCGAUUUUUUGUUAAUUUUGAAUUCGUUCGAUAAACACGCAUUGUUUGGAAGAGUGGCUUCGUGCUGUCUCUAUUUAUGACCCCACAUUUUCGGGAAAAUUACAAAUAAUUACUUAAAGGAUUUCGGUGUCCUUCGAUAACACGAAGGUUCUAUAUUUCAACGGGGCAGAGACCAAUAUAUGACAAUGUAUUAAAUGCUCAGUGGAAGUAACUUUCAGCCCAAUGUGCUUAUUUCCACCGAACAUCCACCAUAUUUUUUCAAGCGAACGUUUAAAUCACUAAAUUAACGAUCUAGCAUUCAAGGCGAUUGGCGUAAUGGUCGAAUCCUUUUGAAUGCGAACUUGAGUCAUGAAAUCGAGACGUGCGUCGUUUAGUUAGUAAGUAGGACAAAGACAAUAAAUUUCUUUUCAAAAAGAGAACAUGUAAUUUAAUGUUUACUUUUAAACUCUAGUUAGAUACUAAAUAGGAAAAUUAUUUAAAAUAAUUAUUACUUAUUUAAUGUAUUUAUACGAAAACUGCAAAAAAUAACAAAAUACUGAAAUGGAAAAAAAAUUUUGUUGUUUAAUUCCUUGUUGGCCAGUGUCAAAAAUUUGAAAAAUUUUUUGUAAAAAAUUCUUAAUUUAUUUUGUAGUUAUGAAUGGACUGUUUCUUAGAUUGUUUCGGCUCAAGAAUUUAUUUGUUCAUAUUUAUUCGAAAAAAAACUCUAAUGCGGUGUGUAUAAUAAAACAAUUUUCCGCAUCCAAAUGGGAAAGUUCAGACUGUAAAUGUUCUACUGUAUUAUCUUUUGUUUUUAUAUAUUUUAUAUAUAAUUUCAAAUACAUCGAUUUAUAUAUACUAGAGAGUAGACAAUAUUUAAAACAUUUUCUAAAAUUUUUGGCGAAAAAUCGUAAUAUAUUUGUUGCGAGUUUGUAGUUUGGAGCGAAAUUACUGAUAAGUGAAAGUGAUAUAUUUUUAUGUAAAAAUUAAACUUAAUCAUGAAAUUCCUAGUGGUUAGAUAUACACUUGUAUAUUUUAUCUAGUUUUUACAUCGAACAAAAAAUAAUGUAUUAUUUCAUGCGAUGCCUAUGCCAUUUUCGAUCCAGAUUUAGAAAAGUUUGAAAAAUAUAACUUUUCAAAAGGAGUCGACGUAAGCAAGACAAUGCAUGAACGCAAGAACAAAUUAGUUACAUUUUCCAUGAAAGACAUUUCUUGUAAAUAUUUUAGAUAAGAAAGCGGAAAAGACACAUUAUGCAUAAAUCCAUAAUAACUUUUUAAGUGUUUUGUUAUAAUUUAUAAUAUUGUGUAAUUGAAUAUGGAAAAAAAAUCAAAAGAAACGACUAUUAAAAAAAUUUG